AUGGCUCCAGCGUCGCUCCUCUCCCACGUACGCGCCCAGCUCGUCGUCGAUGUCGACUCGAUGAACCCCGAUGUCGCCGUCCGGCACACCACCGACACCCACUCCUUCUGCGACAUGACCUCCAACCAGGCCAUCGUCUACGGGGAGGCGGUCAGGCCGGAGCAGGCGGGCGUAUUCAACGCCGCGGUGGCCCAGAUCCGAUCGGGCGAAACCCAGCUCGACAUCGAGACGCAGGUGUCAGACGCGGUCGACCUUCUCACCGUGCUGCUCGCGAAGCAGGUGUUCCCGAACCUCACCGGGCGCGUGCACGCCCAGGCGUCGCCCUCGGCCGCGUACGACACCGAGGCGACCAUCCAGCACGCGAAGAAACUGGUCGCGCUCUUCGAGGCCAACGGCAUCCCGAAAUCGCGCGUGUGCAUCAAGAUCCCGACGACGCCGGAGUCGGUCGUCGCGUGCAACUACCUCGAGAAGCUCGGCAUUCGCACGCUCGCGACGUGCCUCUUCUCUGUCCCGCAGGCCCUCGCGGCACACCAGGCCGGCUGCCUCUACAUCGCGCCGUACUUUAACGAGCUGCGGGUGCACUUUGAGCCGGGCGUGUGGAAGGCGUACGAGGACACCGCGCGCGAGCACCCAAUGGGCCCAGUGAUCGGCGAGAUCACCAAGCUCUACAAGGAGAUCGGAUCGCGGACGCUCGUUAUGCCUGCCAGCAUCGUUACGGCGAAAGAGGUCGUUGCGCUUGUGUCGUUGCGCCCAGACCACCUCACGCUCUCGGGCGCGGUUCUGGACGAGCUCGCCGCGGCCUCUUCCCCUGAGGAGCCGACCGCCGCGGAGCCGAAGCCGAAGCCGCAGCACCCGGACAACGUGGACUAUUUGGCGAACGACGCCCAGGCGCUCCAGGACGCGUUCAAGGCGGACGCGGAGACGAGCCGGAAGAUGGCGGAUGCGCUGAAGAUCUUUGGAGAGAUGGAGACUAAGACGAAGGACCUCCUGCGCGCUGCGCUGCAGGCUUAG